AAAAUAUCUGAUGUUUUUUUUUUAAGUUAAAUUAGAAAAACAAUUCCAUAACUAAAAAAAGAGUAAGUUAUUGGAUUGGACUGAAUGUACUGAAGUUUCAAUGAAACCUUGACAGCAUCUGCAACACAACGUCUCCAUCUAGUGGUCAGAAACAGCCAAAAGAUGAAAAAUUAUAAACUGGAGAUCAUAGCUCAUUAUCUCUAGAUAUGGUGCAAUAAUUUCCAUCCUUUACAAAUUCAGGUGAUUUUUGUUCCUGCAAGGAAAAAUGAUGGCAACUUUACAAACAUAUGUAUCGGUGUAGUUUUUGCUUGAGAGAAUUGUCAACAACGACAGAAGAGCAACAUCCCAUAAAUAUCUGUAUCUGUGCAUAUAGAGUCAACAAACGUGAGCACCAUCAAUCUGGCCAUUUCCAUUCAACGUAAAUCCAUUUUCAUCUUCCUCCAUCUGGGCUUCCUCCCAUUGACCUGGAUUCUCCAGUAGAAAGUCAAUCAGGCCGAUCAGCGAACAGAAGAAGAUUUUAAUAAUAAUUAUUAUUAUUAUUAUUUACCUUAUUAUUUUCUGCACUAUUUUGGAACUGUUGUGUGACUAUCGUUUUACACAGUCACACUACAGGCUAUUUUUAUUUCUGGUCUAUUAAAUCAUGCUAUUCCACUAAUUUGGAGUAUAAAAGGAAAAACCAUUUUCUGCAACUUAUGUUUCCAAGCAGUUUUCAAGAUUUAAGUUUGGUCCUUUUCCUUAUACCAUACCAUACCAUACCAUACCAUACCAUACCAUACCAUACCAUACCAUACCAUACCAUACCAUACCAUUCCAUACCAUACCAUACCAUACCAUACCAUACCAUACCAUACCAUACCAUACCAUACCAUACCAUACCAUACCAUACCAUACCAUACCAUACCAUUCCAUACCAUACCAUACCAUACCAUACCAUACCAUACCAUACCAUACCAUACCAUUCCAUACCAUACCAUACCAUACCAUACCAUACCAUACCAUACCAUACCAUACCAUUCCAUUCCAUACCAUACCAUACCAUACCAUACCAUACCAUACCAUACCAUACCAUACCAUUCCAUACCAUACCAUACCAUACCAUACCAUACCAUACCAUACCAUACCAUACCAUACCAUUCCAUACCAUACCAUACCAUACCAUACCAUACCAUACCAUACCAUACCAUACCAUACCAUACCAUACCAUACCAUACCAUUCCAUACCAUACCAUACCAUACCAUACCAUACCAUACCAUACCAUACCAUACCAUACCAUACCAUACCAUACCAUACCAUUCCAUACCAUACCAUACCAUACCAUACCAUACCAUACCAUACCAUACCAUACCAUACCAUACCAUACCAUUCCAUACCAUACCAUACCAUACCAUACCAUACCAUACCAUACCAUACCAUACCAUUCCAUACCAUACCAUACCAUACCAUACCAUACCAUACCAUACCAUACCAUACCAUACCAUACCAUACCAUACCAACUUUAUUUAUAAAGCACUUUAAAACAACCACAGCUGAAACAAAGUGCUGUACAUAAAAUAGAUAAAAACAAAUACAGUUUAAAACAACAAACUUACAGUAUAAAACUAGAUCUCGCUGGAGUUGAAAGCCAAGUGAAAUAAAUGGGUUUUAAGACGAGCUUUGAAAGUGGACAGUGAACAAUCUCUAGAUAAUCACUAGUGAAAAACUUUUUAUCAAAAUAUUACAGUUUUAACAUUUAAUUCUUGAAAUGUUAACUUUACCAGUUAUAUAGUCACUGUAAACUCUGAUACAUGCAGUAACUUAAUCAAUAAACCCAACCGAUUACAAAAAGGAAUUUAAACUAAAGACCAUGAUUAGAGUUCAUCACUUCAUUUUCUGUCUUCUUUUAUGACCAUCUAUUUAAGCCAGAUGUUGCCUCUCACUUUAAAUGCAAAGAAGCAAAGGGCAGUCAGCGCUGAGAUAGAGACUCAGCAGGUCGUCUCUUCGGUUUGAUCCAAUAUAAGCCAACAUGAUUUCAGCCUUUCUGCUGGUGCUCUGUGUUGUCUUCCUUCUUUUUCAACUCAAACCUCAGAGACCCAAGAACUUCCCACCCGGACCCCCCAGUCUGCCUGUUCUGGGGAACCUUUGGAACCUGAACAUAAAGAACCCCUUAAAAGACUUUGAAAGGCUGAGGCAGUCCUAUGGAAAGGUCUACAGUCUGUUUUUGGGUCUGAAACCAGCUGUGGUCUUCAACGAGUUUAAGGCCAUGAAGGAGGCGAUGGUGACCAAAGCUGCUGAUUUCGCUGGUCGUCCACAAAAUAUGUUAGUUUCUAACGUCACCGAUAGCAAAGGUGUGAUUAUGGUUGAUUAUGGUUCGCUGUGGAGGGACCAUCGGCGCUUUGCUCUCAUGACUCUGAGAAACUUUGGUUUGGGAAAGAAGUCAAUGGAGGAAAGAAUCCAUGAAGAGAUUCAGCACAUAAUUAAAACUCUAGAUGACAACACUGGUAAAACUUUGAGUCCUCAGUUCCUGUUUCAUAAUGCAGCCUCCAACAUCAUCUGCAAGGUUCUGUAUGGAACACGUUACGAGUACGAAGACGAGACGAUUAAAAUUAUUGUCAGAUGCUUCACUGAGAUCAUCAAAAUAGCCAACGGACCGUGGGCUAUGAUCUAUGACUCGUUUCCUUUGAUCCGUUCCCUCCGGUUGCCCUACGACAAAGCCUUUCAGAAUAUGGAGACUUUUCUGAACAUUGCACGACGUUUGGUGAAUGAACACAAGAAGAGCAGAGUCCCUGGAGAGCCGCGGGAUUUGGUCGACUGCUACCUGGACGAGCUGGAUAAGAGAGCUGAUGAUUCCACUUUUUCUGAGGAACAGCUGACAAGAAUGACUUUUGACCUCUAUGCUGCUGGGACGGACACCACCUCCAACACCCUGCUGACCGGAUUUCUCUACCUCAUGAUUCACCCUCACAUUCAAGAGCGAUGUCAGCAGGAGAUCGACCGGGUGCUGCAGGGACAUGAUCAGGUCACUUUUGAGGACAGGCACAGCAUGCCUUACACACAGGCUGUGAUCCAUGAGAUUCAGAGGAUUGCCAACACAGUUCCUCUCAGUGUCUUCCACUGCACCACUAAGGACACAGAGCUCAUGGGAUACUCCAUUCCUCAGGGUACAAUGAUCAUCCAGAACCUGACCUCAGUCCUGAGGGAAGAGGGACAGUGGAAAUUCCCUCAUGAGUUCAACCCUGAAAACUUCCUGAAUGAACAGGGAGAGUUUGUCAAACCUGAGGCCUUCAUGCCUUUCUCUGCAGGUUCUCGAAUUUGUCUUGGAGAGGGUCUGGCUCGCAUGGAGCUCUUCCUCAUUAUGGUGACUCUGCUGAGGAAGUUUAAGUUCAUCUGGCCGGAGGAUGCAGGAGAACCUGACUUGACACCAGUCUUUGGAGCAACUUUGACUCCCAAACCUUAUUUGAUGAAGAUCCAGUUGAGAGGAAAUCAAUGAUGUUUUCUGCAGAAACUGAAGGAAGGACUCAAUGAUAAAACAUUUUUUUUUUUUUUGCUCAUUCAUUAAUAAGACACAACACUAUCUUCAAAGUCCCACACUGUUUAUUUUAAUUGCUACCUGACAAGACGUUUUAUAAUCUGCUGGUAUGAAUUUUAUUGUAUUACUUUCUUCAGAGAAAACUGAUCAUCAGGCAAGUCAAUAAACAGAUUCUGGUUGUA